GGAAAACAAACAGAAAUUGUGAGUAAAAACAAAAAUUCAGAGCUUAUAGUUAUGGAUCGUCGUUAAUUAAUUCACGAUCAUCUAAUGUUUAAACUGUUUUUUGGUGAUAGUUUCAGAAAAAAAAAUUAUUAUUUUGCGAAGAUUUAAGUAAUGCAGGAUUUUUGAUCCAUUUGAAUUACAGUAUACUCUAAGGUGAAACCAUGGCUCAGAGUAAUUGGGAAGCUGAUAAAAUGCUUGACGUAUACAUAUAUGAUUAUUUAGUGAAGAAAAAAUUACAUGCUACUGCAAAGUCUUUUAUGACUGAAGGGAAAGUAGCUCCAGAUCCAGUAGCAAUUGAUGCUCCUGGAGGGUUCCUUUUCGAAUGGUGGUCGGUCUUCUGGGAUAUUUUUAUUGCAAGGACAAAUGAGAAGCAUUCGGAAGCUGCUGCAGCAUAUAUAGAGGCACAGCAAUUCAAAGCUAAAGAGCAACAGCAGAUGCAAAUACAGCAGUUGCAGCUGAUGCGUCAAGCCCAGUUGCAACGUGGAGGUCCUAAUAAUCCAAGUCUUUGUGGUCCAGCAAAUAGUAUUGGUUCUGAAGGAAUGCUUGGGCAACCAAAUGCUAGUGCAAUUGCUGCAAAAAUGUAUGAAGAACGGAUGAAACAUUCUAACUCCUUGGAUCCAGAAACUUCCCAACCUCUCCUUGACUCUAGGAUGCCUCUAUUAAAACAGGCAACAAAUCAUCCUGGCCAAUUAGUUCAAGGGAACUCUGGUAGCAUCAGUGCGGCACUGCAACAAAUUCAGGCACGCAGUCAACAAGCUACCGAUAUUAAAAGCGAAGUGAAUUUGGGUGCUGUUCAAAGAUCGUUGCCUAUGGAUCCUUCUUCAAUAUAUGGUCAAGGGAUCAUGCAAUCAAAACCUGGAAUAGGGAAUGCAGGAUUGAACUCUGGAGUCGGCGGUCUUCCAUUAAAAGGAUGGCCCUUAUCAGGGAUUGAUCAAAUUCGACCAAGUUUGGGUGCACAAGUUCAAAGGCCACUUUUACACGGUGCAAGUCAAUUUCAGCUUUUGCCACAGCAACAGCAACAGCUUUUGGCACAGAUUCAAGCACAAGGCAAUCUUGGAAGUUCACCAAUCUAUGGAGAUAUGGAUCCACGAAAGUUUAGAGGAUUGCCUAGGGGCACUUUGCAAGCCAGAGAUGGCCAGCCAAAUGCCAAUGAUGGUUCUAUUGGUUCUCCAAUGCAAUCAACAUCAUCAAAGAUGAAUAUGCCACAGAAUCAACAGUCAUCCUCUCAACAACAAGAUCCUUCGCAGUUUCAGCAACCGCAGAAUAAUCGGAAAAGGAAGGGUGCCACAUCUUCUGGACCUGCUAAUAGUACUGGUACAGGAAAUACUGUGGGUCCUAAUUCUCAACCAUCAACUCCUUCAACUCAUACUCCUGGUGAGGGAAUUUCUACAGCUAGCAAUUUGCAGCACGUCGGUAACAUGUCGAAAGGCAUGAUGAUGUAUGGUGCUGAUGGAACAGGAGCUCUUGCAUCAUCGACAAACCAACUGGAAGACAUUGAGCAUUUUGGGGAUGUUGGCUCUUUGGAUGAUAAUGUUGAAUCUUUUCUCUCACAUGAUGAUGGAGAUGGAAGGGAUUUGUUUAGCACAUUGAAAAGGAACCCUUCUGAACAUGCCGCAGAAACUUCCAAGGGUUUUUCCUUCAGUGAAGUUGGUUCUAUAUGUAAAAGCAACGGCAAAGUUGUUUGUUGUCAUUUCUCUACGGAUGGGAAGUUAUUGGCUAGUGCUGGGCAUGACAAAAAGGUUGUUCUUUGGAACAUGGACACUCUGCAAGCAGACAGUAUUCCUGAGGAACACAACCACAUAAUCACUGAUGUUCGUUUCAGACCAAAUACCACUCAGUUGGCAACAUCUUCAUUUGAUACAACUGUUCGAUUAUGGGAUGCUGCAGAACCAAGAUAUUCGCUACAGACAUAUACGGGGCACACCUCGCAUGUAAUGUCUCUUGACUUCCACCCCAAGAAGAAUGACCUUUUCUGCUCUUGUGAUGGAAACAGCGAGAUACGGUUCUGGAACAUCAAUCAGUAUUCGUGCACUCGCAUAUCCAAGGGAGGUAAUGCACAAGUUAGAUUUCAGCCGAGAAUAGGACAUCUACUAGCUGCAGCAGCAGAGAGUGUUGUGUCCAUCUUUGACGUCGAGACUGACAGGCAGACACACUCAUUACAGGGUCACUCCACCGAGGUGCACUCUGUCUGUUGGGAUGCAAAUGGAGACUACUUGGCAUCGGUCAGUCAAGAGUCUGUUCGUGUGUGGUCACUAGCCUCAGGAGAAUGCAUUCAUGAACUUAGCUCGAGCGGGAACAAGUUCCAUUCCUGUGUUUUCCAUCCAAGCUAUUCCACUCUGUUGGUCAUUGGAGGUUACCAGUCGCUGGAACUGUGGAAUAUGGUUGAGAACAAGUGUAUGACAAUUCCUGCUCACGAGUGUGUAAUAUCCGCCUUAGCGCAGUCACCGCUUGCAGGAUUGGUUGCCUCUGCCAGUCAUGAUAAAUGCGUGAAAAUCUGGAAAUAAGUUUAAAUUUCUCAGGCUCACAGUUUCUCAAGAAACAAUAAAUGGAAAUCCAUUUUUACGUUUGAUUUGAAGUCCUUGUGACUUCCAUUAUUUCCUCUGGUUUUGUUUUUCUUUCUACUUUACAUGUUUAGAUUUGUGAGGAUUUUAACAGAAGGUACAUAGAAUGUCUGAGACGUUGGAUAUAUCCUCUUUUUUAUUUCUUUGACAAAUUAAUUUUUAAGAUAAUAUUAUGAUUUCA